AAUGUUGGACUACUUUUGCAAGAUACUCCUGAAAGCAUGUUCUGAAUGACAACAGAAGGACUAGUGUAAAUACAACAAUGUACUUCCUGUUAAUUCUGUAUAUGGCUCUUCUUCAUGCCACAUUUUGGAAAAGUCCAGUCGUAACAAAGGCCUCAGCAGUGGACAAAGACAGUUCUGGCAGCGGAAAGACCAGUAAAGACAAGAACAUUGCUGAUGUUGGGGCAGAAUUCAUUGAUAAAGCUGGCGGGAUCCUGGAAUGGGACCAGAACCCACCUGUGAAUGGGAAUAACACUGUCACUGAGAGGACAUUUGGCAUCUCUAAGAAGGUUGGCCAUUCCAAGUCAGAGCAGAGUGGAGUCUCCCUGCUGCAACUUAUUGGAAACCCACCACCUGAAGAUAUCACCCGUAUCACAGCUCCAAAUGGCCAAACAGAAUACCUCUUUAAAAAGGACACUAGCACAGGGCAGAUGGCACAUGCCCACCUGCCCAACCCCCUCUACCGAGACUUCUCUCUCAUCUUCCACUUAAAGCCCACCUCUGAAGAUGCUGGGGUGAUAUUCUCCAUCACUGAUUCUGAACGAGAGAUCAUGUGGGUUGGGGUCAAGCUCUCAGCUGUGGAGGAUGGCAAAAGGAAAGUCCUUUUUUAUUACACAGAGCAAGAUUCGGAUGAAUCUCGAGAGGUGGCUAGUUUCGAGGUGUCACAUAAGCCUAAUGAGUGGAGCCGUUUCUCUCUGGCUGUGAAACUAGACCAGGUGACUUUUUAUGAGGACUGCGAUACUGAGCCAAAGGUGGUUAAGUUUGAGCGCUCACCCAAUGACAUGGAGCUGGAUAGGAACUCUAUGAUCUAUGUGGGACAAGGUGAACCUGGUAACCCAGACAAAUUCCAGGGCAUGAUCUCAGAGUUACGGGUGGUUGGAAACCCACUGGCUGCAGAGCGUCAUUGUGAUGAAGAUGACGAUGAUGAUGACUACGAUGGUUCUGGGGAAAAUGGGAGUGGAAUAUGGGACAGAACCGAGACGAGACGAAAUGAAGAAGUUCUGCAUCCCCUGCCUCCACCACCUCUUUCAACAGGUGUCUCUAGUGCUGAAGGAGAUAAAAGUGUGAGUGGAGAAAAAGGGGACCAAGGAGGCCUCAAAGGGUCAAAAAGCGGAAUCUGUGGAGAGAAGAAUAAUACUGGAUCAGGAUAUCCGGGCCCCAAAGGUGAUCGUGGCCCUCCUGGACCGCCUGGGCCACCUGGUCCCCAGGGUCCAGUAACGGAAUUGAUAGACACUGGGGAUACAAAGGUGAAGAGGGUGCACGGUCAAAUGGGCCCACCUGGGGCACCAGGUCAAGAGGGCCCACCCGGUCCCCCUGGCUCAGAGGGGAAACCAGGUGAUCCAGGAAAGGACGGUAAACUUGGACCUGAAGGACCUCGUGGUUUUCCAGGAACACCUGGUGCUGUCGGACCUAUAGGGCAGAAGGGACAGAAAGGGGAUGGACAGCAGGGCCCAAGAGGUCCACCGGGGCCACCUGGACCUCCUGGACCCUCAAUCUCAGACGGGACCACCAUUAUGGAUAUGGAAGGUUCUGGGUUGUUGCCGGGUCUUCGUGGACCUCAGGGUCCCCCUGGUCCACCUGGGCCCCCAGGACCCAGUGGAGGAUCAGGAUUUGGAUCUAAUGCAGCUGACCCAACUGCAGAAAAUGGGACCACUGGCCAUCCUGGUCCCCCAGGUCAACCUGGAAUUCCUGGUGCUCCUGGCCCUCCUGGUCAAAAGGGUGACUGUGGUACGCAUGGCUUGCCUGGAGAUGCAGAGCAAAGUUCUUCCUCCACUUCUUUUUUCUCCAAUUGGUUGCCUUUCUGGGGGACUGGUUUGGCACAGGGUUCUUCAGAGAUGUCAAGGCAGGAAGGGCUGUCUGUACUCCCCGGGCCCAGAGGACCUCAGGGUCUCCCAGGACCUCCUGGACCCCUGACCCCUGGACCUGUCUUCAGAGUCACUCCUGAUGGAGAAGAAAAAGAAGUUGCUCUUCAGUACAUUCCUGGUGUCAUGGGGCAACCAGGUCCGCAGGGACCGCAGGGGUUACCUGGACUACCUGGUAAAGCUGGUUUCCCGGGUAUUCCAGGGCAGAAAGGGGAUGAAGGGGCAAGAGGGCGAGAGGGAAUUCCAGGGUUGGAUGGCUUCCCUGGAGGACUAGGGCAAAAAGGGGAAAGAGGAUGGAAAGGCGACAAAGGUCAGCCUGGUCAUGUACAAGGGCCUCCAGGGCCACCAGGACCACCUGGUCCUCCUGGAGCACUUAUGUAUAUUAAUGGCAGUGAUGGAGAAUAUGGAAUCCCAGGACCACAGGGUCCACCUGGUGUAGCGGGCCAGGCAGGAUUCCCUGGGCCAAUAGGACCAAAAGGUGAUCGGGGGUCACAAGGACUUCCAGGAGACUCUAUCAAGGGUCAGAAGGGUGAGCCUGGAUUGAUGCCUGAAUCAAGUGGUAUCCCCAUUUACACUGGACUGUCUCGACAGCAGGGUGAUCCAGGAGCUCCAGGACCAGAGGGACCUGUGGGACCUGUUGGGCCAACUGGACUAAAAGGUGAAAUAGGAAUUCCGGGAAGACCAGGUCGACCUGGCUUAAAUGGUAAAAAAGGGGAGAAAGGUGAUUCAGGUUUGGGUGGAGGUUAUAGUCAUGGCUACCCGGGUCCCCCUGGCCCACCUGGGCCACCCGGUCCUCCUGGACCCCCAGUUUCUGUGGACAGAUCUAAUGGUUAUGAUGGCAGUUCAAGGUUUCCCUAUGCUUUAAAAGGAGACAAGGGGGAAAGAGGAGCGUCAGGCGUCCCUGGCUUGCCAGGUCUCACUACCAACUUUGACAUUUAUGCAUUAAAGAAUGAGUUGAAAGGGGAACAAGGUCCUAAAGGAGAGAAAGGAGAUCUGGGAGGAGGUUAUCACAAUUCUCCAUAUGGUGCAGUUCAGGGCCCUCCUGGAAGACCUGGACCACCGGGUCCAAGAGGAGAGUCUAUUAGUGGACCUCCAGGUCCCCCUGGACUUCCUGGAGCCCCAGGAAUCGGUAAUGAUGGUCGUCCAGGUAAUCCUGGCCCACCAGGUCCACCUGGAUCAUCAGAAUCAUCACUUCCAGGUUCAUACAGACCCUCACAAACCAUCAGUUUUCCUGGGCCACCUGGACCACCCGGUCCUCCCGGACCCCCUGGACAGUCAUCUGGGGUGAUUGUUUUGAGGACUUUUGGCACCAUUGCUGCUACUCGGCAGCAACCAGAAGGCACGCUGGUCUAUGUAAUAGACAACGGAGAUCUUUAUAUGAGAGUACAGGAUGGCAUCAGACAAAUCAUGCUUGGAGAAUACACCCCAUUUCGUAGGGAUCUGGUGGUGGCAGCAGUGGAUCCUCCCCCAGUGGUUCACUACUCUCAGGACUCCUCUACAGCCGCUCCCCCAGAGGCCCCUCCUCAACCAGAGGCUCAGUACCCUGUGCCACCUGAUCCCAGAUACCAACCAUCUCACGACCCCCGAUACCAUGACCAGACAGAUCCACGCUACUUAUUUCCAACUGACUCCAGACACUCUGAUUCAGGAUACUCUCCAUCAGCCGACCCAAUCUACCACGGCUAUCCUGAUCCCAGACAUCCCGUGCACAGCAGCCGCCCAAAUCAGUCUGGGUAUCCUGACAGCAGAUAUCCUAGUAUACCAUAUCACAGACCGAUCGUUCAAGAGACCAAGCCUCCAGGCCACACUCAUACAUCAGGCCCUGCGCUGCACUUGAUCGCCCUCAACUCCCCUCAACAGGGCGACAUGCGAGGGAUCAGAGGUGUAGACCACCAGUGCUUCUCACAGGCACAAGCCAUUGGGCUUAAAGGAACGUUCAGGGCUUUCCUAUCAUCACGAUUACAGGAUCUCUACAGUAUUGUCCGAAAAAAUGAGCGAGAUCAGCUUCCAAUAGUAAAUCUUAAAGAUGAAGAAUUAUUCAGUGACUGGGAAUCCAUCUUUAGUGAAUCGGAGGGUAAAAUGAGAAAUAAUGCACGCAUAUAUUCCUUUGAUGGUCGAGAUGUUCUCAACGAUGAUGCCUGGCCAGAGAAGAUGGUGUGGCAUGGGUCCAGCACUCGUGGUCACGGGCAGACAGACAGCUACUGUGAGGCGUGGCGAACAGGAAGUCAUGCCGUCACUGGUAUGGCUUCUUCUCUCCAAGAUGACUGCUUGCUUCAGCAGUUACCCCGCGGCUGCACCAGCUCUUUUGUCGUUCUGUGCAUUGAAAACAGCUACAUUACUAAAUGAAUCUGAACCUCUGCCAAGCAAAAUGUGUCUGAAGGGAAUAAGCACUAAGUCAGAACUCAACAAAUUGAAACAUGAUCUGUUUGAUGUGUAUCUAAAUGUAUUUUCAGAUUUAAACUUGAAUAAUUGUAUUAUUUCCUACCAACCGCUGUGUGACAUCCAUGUAUGUAGGUGCAUUAGAUCACAGUUUAACGGAAAAAAAAAAAUACAUAUAUAUCUUGCCUCUCUCAAACCUGACAACAGACAGAUUUGUCAAAGGAGAAAACAUACAAUCGCAUGCUUGAUCAUCUGAAAAGAAAAAAUGGAUUAAUAACCCACAAAACCACAUUCAGGGUUAAAUCACUAUUAUGCUUUCCAUUACAAACAUUACAUUUACAUAUUGUUUUUUUCUUUUUUUACACAUAACAGCAGUGUGGAACAUCCGAUGGCAAAACAUUUUAUGAAUUAAAUGUUCGCUAUAAAUGGUGCUUUAACCCUUGUGCAACCUUCGGGACAUUUUUGUCUUUUUCAUUCAUUUUGUCUGUGUUAAUGUCAACGGCAUAAAUUUUGGCAAAGCUGUGUAUUUUUGUGGGAAUUUUUAUAUUUCAACCUCAGUUCCUAUAACACAUCUAUAACACCUCUAUAACACACUGUGUACACAGAAUAGUUACACUCGGGACCUUCAGGACAAAAUUGUCCCCAUUGAAACCCAUUAAAACUGCAAUAUUUGACCCCAGUGCCAUCUGUGAUAUUCUGCUUUUAUUCCAUAUUUUGGCUUCAAAAUGUACAUUUAUAAUAUUUUCCACCAGGUGCUGCCAUUUCUCAUGUUUAUUCUAUGGAGCAAAUACAAGCUUUUCCCCUAUUCACUGUUUCUGUAUUAUAGAGUCCUGCAGGACAACUGAAUACAUGAUGCAGAUACAAGUGUGUGUGUGUGUGUGUGUGUGUGUGUGUGUGUGUGUGUGUGUGUGCGUAAAAGUAAAAAAACAACAGUGGCAUUAUGUAAACAAACUGGCAUUAAAGGGUUAAAAUCCUGAAAAUGAAUGAAUAUUUGGGAGUUAUGAUCAGGACUGAUGUUGGUUAAAAAGAUUUACUCGUGUAAUAUUAUUAUGGCAGUUUUUUGAUGCUGACAUUUGUGUCCUCUAAGGUCCUCUGAGUAACUGUUAUUUAUUGAUGCACAAGGGUUAAACAAGAGAUUUACAGGAUUGCCAAAGAAAAUGUCAACAUUAUCACUCUUUAGUAACUAAUUCUCUUUAACUAGUAUUUUAUUCUCAUUACCGUUUUCAUUCACAUUUUUGUUACAUUUUUUUCUGAAACAUUUGUCAAUUGUUACACUUUGCAAAUAUAUUUUUAAUACUUUUAUAUUGAUUUUAAAUAUAACAUGUUUAACAAUAACAAUUUCAGAAACAUUCCAUGACUGUAUAAGUACAUAAUAACAGGCGUUUAAAACUAUUAAUCAAAAGAGCCAAAUCAUGUUUUUGGUUUGGUUGAUUUAGUUUCCCAACAUCACCAGAAUUGACUCAAAUCGAUUAAGCACAUUUUUCUAUCCUGCGAUGACAUACAGUGUUUCCUACAGGAAAAGGAUAUUGGGACAGGUCAUAUCAAAGGGAUAGUCCUUUUUUAACAUUCUUAAGUUUACAUCAAAGCUGUGAAACAUUACUUGUGCUAUUGCUAGUCAGACGCUGGUCUUAUUGAGGCAUUAUUUAUAUUCAGAAUGUCAGUGCAGGAAGACUCAAGAAGACUUUUUGGUCCCUUUUCCUGGAAUAGGAAGAUUCUAGAUGCAGAUCUCUGGUAAAAGUUGUCUUUAUGGAGAGCACUGACAUUUGACUCAAAUCCACAAGACUUUCCUUUAGAUUUCAUGGGGUCUUUAAGAGAGUUGCGUCCCUCUUGGGUUCUCAAAGAAUCAUGCCAUUGCAAUAUGCAGUUGAUAUAUAUUCUGAAAGUGUAUUUUUUACACUGUAUUAUAUCAAACCAUGUUCGAUAGCCUCUUGCCUGUUGUACUUACUCAUCAUUUAACAAAGUAAUGCUUUUUAUAAGACACUACAGACAUGGGAGCAAUUAUAGUUACUGUAUUUUCAAUGGAACGUAUACCAAUAAAUGAACACAACUUGUAAUACUAAUC